AUGGUCGCUUCUAUUGACGUGAAAGCAUUGAACAUCUUCGUCAACCAGCCAGUGUCUCAGAACAUGAUCCACAAGUUGGUCGUCACCACUUUGCAGGUGCUUCCUUGUCUGGACGACAAGGAUGGCAAGACGGCCCACAGCGGCAAGCCAUUGCCUUCCCUCAUGACUUUCAUCAACAAGUUGGUCAGAUACACCAAUGUCUACACCGGCACCUUGAUGACCACCUUGGUCUACUUGGACAAAUUGAAGCACAAGCUUCCCAAGAACGCCCAGGGCUUGCCUUGCACCAGACACCGCAUUUUCUUGAGCUGUCUCAUCUUGGCUUCCAAGUUCCACAAUGACUGCUCUCCCAAGAACGUCCACUGGGCCAAGUACACUGACGGUCUCUUCUCCUUGAAAGACGUCAACCUUAUGGAACGCCAGUUGCUCUACCUCUUGAACUGGAACAUGCGCGUCUCAAACGACGAGAUGUGCACCCAGUUGGCCUCCUUCUUGCAGCCAAUCAAGGAGGACUUGGUCAAGCUGUCCAAGAUGAGAAAAUACUUGGCCAAGCAGCAUGCUGCUGCUGCUGCAAGUGCUUCCACCUCGACGAGCCCCAGAUCUGCUCUGGUGUCUCCUUCGCCAUCCAUCUCGCGCUCUUCCUCCACCACUUCCCACUUGUCUUUGCACAAUCCCCAUGCUACACACACUCGCCAGAACUCGUCGGUUUCUGUGGCUUCCACCAACUCGGUCAUGUCGCACUACAGACAAGAUUCUUGCAGCCUGAUUGAGCUGCUUAGCCCCAGGGCCUCGAUGACUAAAUCAAACAGCUACAAUGACAAGCUCUCUCGCGAGGUCGAUCCUCGCAUUGAGAUGGCUGCAAGAAAUGAGGAGCAAGAGUUGUCGAGAAUGAUUUCUCAGAUUUACAGGCAGGCGGCCUGA